CAGUCAAGUCUCACACAGAUGCUGCUGCUACUGGGUCAGUGUCAUACCAUCUAUUAAUAAAAAGAGUCACAACAGCCACGGCGAGAAGAAAUGAGGGGGAAAUCUGCAUAAACCAGUUCUGCUUUUUCCUUUAGUCUGGGGAGAUGAUUCAGCGCGCAGAUAACAUGAGACAACAAAGCUUCAACUUCCGAUAAAAAAACGCCCUUUAUCUACCUAUUUAUUCGUUUUCUGCGACCUCCUCUCAGGUGCUAUUGUCUCGCCCACCUUUCACCCAGCUGGCAUACAGUCACAGACUCCCGCUUGUGCGCUCUUCAUUGCGGUUACCCAUCUGCACAGGCGGCUGCGGCUUGUUGGUAAACACGAACCGAAUCCCGGCGGCAAGGACUCCCUCUGGUGCAUUGAUGCACCCGUUUCAGUGGUGUAACGUUGACCUUCAUAGUGAGACGUAAUGGCUGUCUCCCUCCAAGUGUUCCCCCAGCAUUCACUGCUGUAAUUCAGCCCUUCUGCUUCCCAUGAAUAGUGAGGGUGCUUCUGUGGUCUAGGACUGGUUUACUCCAACAAGUCGUGCACCAUGCCGCCCAUCACCUUCCAGGACCUGCCUCUCAACAUCUACAUGGUCAUCUUUGGGACAGGCAUAUUUGUCUUCAUCCUGAGCCUCAUCUUCUGCUGUUAUUUCAUCAGUAAAUUACGACACCAAGCCCAGAGUGAACGUUUUGGAUACAGAGAGGUAGUUCUAAAAGGAGAUCCCAAAAAGUUGAGUCUUCAUGGGCAGACAUGUGCCGUGUGUCUGGAGGACUUCAAAGUGAAAGAUGAGCUGGGAGUGUUGCCAUGCCAACAUGCCUUUCACAGGAAGUGUUUGGUAAAGUGGCUGGAGGUGCGCUGUGUCUGCCCCAUGUGUAACAAACCCAUAGCCGGCCCCCCGGAGCAGCAUCACAGCAUAGGGACUCUGCUGGAUGAACUGGUGUAACCUUUGGGCAGCUGCCAGCCUGGGUGGGGCGCCGGUGCUGGGCCACACCAGCUGGUGCAAGUUAGUGACCAACAUGAGGAGGGCCACGGCUUUGCCAUUAAAAUACAACAGAGCCCGAAACAUUAUGAUAGUAAGUUGGGGGUAACCUAGUUACCACCAAGAGGAAGACCCUAAAGGAUGCUGUUGCUUAGCAACAACCUCUGUGAUAGCAACAAGAUACCUUACAGUGUGAGAGAUUAUCUUCAGCCACCCACACAUCACUCCACCACCCUACUUUGAAGAUCCUCCUCUGCACCCGUUCUUCACAUCUUCUAUUGCUGCCUUGAGUGAGGUUAACAGCACCAAUGAAGAAGAGGAGGCAGCGUUUUUGCACUGCAAUGUGGACAAAUGAGUGUUGACAGAUAAAAGUGGGACGCACCGUAUAAGUCUUGCAUGUCAGGGUGGGUGCUGGCAUGAAAUGAUACUCCCAUCAGCUGAAAGUCCUGUGGAAAAUAAGCAGACAAUGCUUCAUCAAUUCUUCUAGAGGAAAAGAUCUGAGAAAAGCCAAAUACAGGCAAAUUCAUGCUUUUUGUUUUAUGCUCCUGUCAGUAGCACAAGCUCAGUUUUGAGUUCAUGAAGAAGAGCUGAUAGAGGAAGAGCAUCAAGUGCUGAGCAAAUAAUGCUGUAGUAAACAAAAAAAUAGGCAGGAAUGAUUUUAAGUGUUCUAAAAGAUUCAAUUGGAGUCACUGUAAUUAAAAAAAGUUGUGAAAAAUAACUAUAAAAUGUGAAUUGACACCAUACUAGUAGUAUCUAAAGUAUUUAUAUUAAUAGCUCAAGCUUUUUUCCAUUUGUAGCAAUGUUUUCAUCAAGUCAAACCAACUCAUUUUUCAUGUGUAUAAUCCAUAUUGAUGCCCACUUCUACAGUGGUUUACAUUCUGUACAUGCUGCAGACUUUUCGUUUCCCACCAUGAUGUUUUAAUUCUAAGACAUGUUUUUUGUUAAUAUAGAUGAAAUGAACUGAAACAUCCUGCCUCCCACUCUAACAGUUUAUUUGAAAUAUGUUGAGGAUUAUUUUUAAAUGUUGCACUUUGGAUUUACAGAAAAAAGGUCUCUGUCUGUCCGUCUUUCUGUCAGUACUGUUUGUAUGUAGCACAGCAGAACCCUUAUUUUUAAGCCUACAAAGCAAAGGAGCUGAGAGGUAAAGAGGUAAAGAGGUAAGGAAUGCAGCCUUUUUUCAUGUGAGAAGCAACAUAGAAUUUUUGUGACUUGUUGCUCAUGGUUCUGUUACACAUUCCUUAGUUGCUGGGUUGAUUUCUCUGAUAGCGAAACACUGCCUAAAUUGAGCACAAAACUCAUAAAGCACAUUGUGCAAAUACAGCAGGCACCUGCACUGUAAUACAAAUGUCCAUGAGCCAAGAAAAGGAAAAAAAAAAGGCAAACAUGCUGCAUUUUCUGCACAUGAGCAAGAGAAACAUUCACUCUGACUCCAACCACAUUCCAUGUUUUGUAAACCAACAGAUGUAAAUAACUUGAAAUGGUGAUAUUAAAGUUGUCUGUUCA